CUCAGGCAGUACCGGCACAGGGGAGAUGGCUGACUGACUGCACACAGCAGAGCAUGAGGCCGGUAGCUUACUGCUUCGCUGCCCUAUGCUAGCGCUCACACACACUCACUGGCUUCUGCUCACCCUGACACACACACACAUACACACACACACACACACACACACACGCACGCACACUUUCCUCCCUCUCUCACUGUCGCAGACUCACACUGGUUCGUUCCCUCCCAUACUUGCUGCCUCUCUAUUUCCCUCAGUAUCAUACACACACACAUGCACACACACACAUGGGAGCACACACACACACACACAGAGUCAGUCACAGGCAACUCUCAUUCAACUCUCUCUCAGCCACGGGUCAGCAGCUCAGACAGGCAACUUGUUUCUAUCCAGCUGGAAAGAGCAGGGCAGCGCAAGGUGCACACACACACACACACACACACACACACGCACACACACACAUAAAGAUAUACACUCAUCCAUUUGGACUAAACUCAAGAAUUACCCACAUGUUUAUCCUUAAACAUCCUUGGACUGUAUCUGCAGACCACUGAAGAAGACUUCAGUCCAGGGAAGCACCGGAAGGAUCUGUGUCAAAGAUGGAGUAGACUUCAUAUCAGGAGCUGAACGCGUGAUUUCAACGCUGAAGAUGACAACCAGAGAGACUUGCUUUCAACCCAAAGCGGAGACUGACCAUCAGUGACAUCCAGAGGAUCUGUUGUGAUUACCAUUCCCCUCCCUUCGCUGUCCAGGACUCCCACCCUCCACACUGACAUCUCUUGAUCACCAGCAUGCCUACAGCUUGCACAAGGUGCACGUUGGGAGCCUAACCCACCAUGUGCAGAUGGAUGACAUCCGCAGCUCAUCUUUGCCCUAAACUUACCCUCAGAACAGCCACCACCGCCUCCUCCACUGGGACGUUCAUCCCCCUGCCCAGUGCAUCCUCCUUUGCCCUGGCAUGCCUCACCCUGCUCUUGGUCACCGCUGACACCGGAGCCUGUCCUCCUCGAGCAGGGCAUGAACCCCUCCAGGGGCUGGGGAGCGGCACCAACUGUUCAUGGACUUUGGAAAGGCACACUCGUAGUUACAAUCACCUGGAAGGUGACGUCAGACUGCGGCGGCUUUAUUCUGCCAACAAGUUCUUCCUCUGCAUUGACAAAACAGGAAAAGUGGAUGGCACCCGGCGGAAAAACUAUGCCGACAGCUUGAUGGAAAUCCGAUCUGUCAGCGUGGGAGUUGUUGCCAUCAAAUCUGUCAGUACCGGCCUGUACUUAGCAAUGUCCAAGAAAGGCACGCUCUUUGGAUCGGUGAAGUACAGCCCAAGCUGCAAAUUCAAAGAGCGCAUCGAGGAAAACGGCUACAACACGUACGCCUCGCUUCGCUGGAAGCACGGCGGCAGGCAGAUGUUUGUUUCGCUGAAUGGACGCGGGAAACCACGGCGAGGUCACAAGGCUCGGCGAAGGCACCCGUCCACUCACUUCCUGCCUAUGCUUCCCUCCUAGGCGCGUCUGAACUCUUCCAGGCUGCUGCCCGGCUCACCUGCCCCCCGCCCCCUCACAUUAGUACUGAUCUAGAUGUGACAACAAUCUUUCCUUUUUAUUUAUCCAUCCUCAUGUUACAUAAAUGUACAUUUGCUGAGCUCUGUAACAUUUUAGAGUUAGGAUAUCUGCUUCUUAAGUUAUUUUCUGCAUAUUCUAAUGAGGUUAAUAUAAAACAGUGCAGUCCGACAAAGAAAAAAAAAAUAUAUAUAUAUUGUGUUUUUCUUCACAGUUUCCACAUUUGUGUAUGUGUGUGUGUAAAAACUGCAUCGAAAGAUGUGAGAGGCAUCACGUCUACAGAUAGGUAUUAAGAAAAAAAGCAAUUAGAAAAUAGUUUUAAAUCACAGGGAAAGGUGAAGACACUGGGGUUUUGCUCUGUUCACUUUCAAGCAGGUUCGAAGACAUCAAAAUCUUAAACCAUACACAUCAAUCAGUUUUAGGGUUUAUCACAGAUUAUGUGAAUAACCUUCAGAUUAAGAUUAUGUGAUACAACUGCUCUGUGUAAAUAAAGCAAACAAACAACAACAAAAAAGACGUUUUAGGCAGUAGUCACUUCUUUAAACUAACUGAAGACGUAAAAUUCAAAACAAAUAAAUAAAACAACAAAUAAAAUAAAAAAUUGAAAAUAUGUUGCAUAAGAAAAAUAACAUUAUAAGCUGCAAAAUAAUUCUACAUAUUGCAUGUAGUAGUAGUUUACUAUGUUAAGUACUACUUCAUAUAUUGAUGAACCAUUGUAUUAAAGCAUUGUUUUUUUUGUUUUUUUUAAUUUGGUAUUUCUUACUUUAUAAGUCAAAUCACACCUUAAAAAGAGGAAUGAGUUGAAUCUAAGUGGUCAUGGAAAAAAAAAUAAAAAAAAAAUCUGACAGUAGGGGUUUGGUGCUGGCCAUUUUGCCUCUUUGUUAUUUCAUGUUUUUUUUUUUUUUAGUUUUGUUCAUUUAAAAAAAGAAAGAAAUGGAGUAAACUGGAACAUCUUCCAUGGGAUGUUUCACACUGACCUACAUCUAUUUGUACUCUCCAGAGGGAUAUUUUCUACCAUGCUUGGGCCAUUUUAUUCGUGAAAUAUUACAGAUCAUGAUCCCUAAUCAAACUAAAACACUCAAAUAACUUCAAUUCAACAUGUUUCGUUACAUGACUUUGAGUAUAUAAUAGAAAAUUACUUUUAAUAACCAAAUUCAAAAGAUGCACGGUUGGUACAGAGCAUGCAAUCCCAUUUUGUAUCCUAAAAAAUCAUGAAGAAAACCAUCGGAUUUGCAAAAAAAGUAAAAUCAUGAAGAGUUGCAAUGACCAGCAAUUCUCCUUAUAUUAGAGAAGAACAGAACGUGAGGUAAUCAAAGAACUGAUGUCAUUUAAUACCCUUUGUAUACUUUUGUGUAUUUCUGUCAGACUUCAUCUAACUCUCAGCCAAUAGAUGAUAGUUUAAAAGGCAGGAACAUGAACCAUACAGCAUGUCCCUAACUUGCUGGUUCUGCACAUGUCAGCAGACUCCAUAAACCAUAUACCACCAUAAACUUUCAAGCUGAGUAGUAAAUAGCUUAAUCCAUACUGCCUCUCUGCAAAGACUUGCUAACCCUAGAAAACACAACUGUUUGCUGAUAGAACAUUUAAUAUAUUUAACACUAUUCUUACUCUCUAACUCUUAAAGUUGAUGUGUAUUGUUGUUUUUGACUCUUUUGUCGGACUCCAAGGAAAAUAGCUACAUUCAAGUUUUAUGUUUGGCUCAGUUUGUAUGAUAUUACUACUGAAUACUGGUACAUUUGUGAUCCACUUACUGCAUGAAGCACAGCUUAUUGGUCAGUUGUAUGUAAAGUUCCAUCCUUAGACAACAAUCCUAAAAAAAUCCAUCUAAGCUAAGUCAUUUGAGUGCCUUCGUGCAAGAUGAGUUUGGUAAACCUAAAUAAAAUCUGCAAAACUCA